GAUUCUCUCCUGUAGUUGGGGAGAGCGGAAGGGGUAAAGGGCGCGAUGUUACGUCACUUCCGGUAACCAUUUCACGCAGCCGGGGCGAUCAGGGCUCGGUGUAUUCUUGCCGCUGGUGCCGCCAUGACGGACCGUUACACCAUCCACAGCCAGCUAGAGCACCUGCAGUCCAAGUACAUCGGGACGGGCCAUGCCGACACCACGAAGUGGGAGUGGCUGGUGAACCAGCACCGGGACUCGUACUGCUCCUACAUGGGCCACUUCGACCUGCUCAACUACUUCGCCAUCGCCGAGAAUGAGAGCAAGGCGCGCGUGCGCUUCAACCUCAUGGAGAAGAUGCUGCAACCCUGCGGGCCGCCGGCCGACAAGCCCGACGAGUCCUAGCCUGCCUCGCUGGGCUCCCCGCCCUGGGGGCGGCCGCCGCCCGGCCCCGGGGAGGGGGGGAGCGGGGUCGGCGGAGGCCCUGACGCGCCGGGUGGUGGGCGCGCGUUGGCCGGAGCGAGCGGGAGGUGGGCGAAGACGCUUCCCUUUUUGUGGGGCGCGGUAGGUCGCUGAGUGAGACUCUGCUGAAAUCUCCUGCCUGUGGACUGUGAGAACGAGCCUGGCACUGCUGGAUUGCGAUUAUGCCCGUGGAGAGACCGUAGGAACUGCCCCUGUAACUGCCUCAGCACCGUGGGCAACACAUGUGCCUCCUGUCCUUCCGUGCUCGUGGUCCUUCUGUUUUCUUCUUACGUGGCAUCAAAGGACUCUCACAGGGAGCAGUUUUGUAAAAUGCCUGCUUUUGGACAGUUUCAUUUCUUUUAAUUGUGUAACUGUUUAGUUUUUUCUAAAUAUGGAAAAUAAAACUUACUGGGCAUUUCUAA